AUGCGCUCAUCUGUUGUCACCUUCAGCCCUGGCGCUAUUAUUAAAGCGGACCUGCGUUUCUUCACCGUAGCGGCACCCUGGCUGGAGCUAAUACCUUUCCUUCUAGGGCAGCAGCUCCUGGGUCGCGCCUUCGCGCGCAUCCAGCGGUUCUGGCAACGAAUCCGAAUAGGAGACACCGACUUGAGCAAUCAGAUGGGUGCGGCAUUCCAGCCCCCUCCCACCGUGCAGAGGGUCUGUCCGGAGGGUGAAAUUGAAGCCAGAGAAGCCUGCGACUGGCUGAGAGCUGCCGGUUUUCCCCAGUAUGCUCAGCUCUUUGAAGAUAUGCAGUUUCCUAUUGAUGUAAAAACUGUGAGGAAAGAUCAUGAAUUUUUAGAUGGAGAUGCGAUUGACUCACUAUUCAGACGGUUGAACACAUUGAACAAGUGUGCAUCAAUGAAAGUGGAAAUAAGCCCUCAGAGGAAACAAAGUGAUGACUCUGAAGAUGAUGAACCUUGUGCAAUAAGUAACAAAUGGGCUUAUGAGAGGUGCACUCAGAGAUGGUCUCGUAUCGAGAGCCUAGAAUGUUUCCCAGGAGAGGAAGGUGCUAGUGCAUCAGUCCCAGGAAGUCCAAUACCGAAGAGCAUCAGCAACGAGGCUACUAAGCUUCUGGAUCCUGGCGAGAAACACGAUGUGUCCUCAAUUCACAGUACUAGCAGUGGUGACAGUGACACUGUUAGCUUCACAAAACCUUUUGAAGAUGUGGAAACCAGCACGAGUUCCUCAAGAUGUUCCUCGGUUAAGGUGGCUUCACUGGACUCUGCCUUUAGUUGUUCUCCUCCCCCCAGUGAAUUUUUAAAUAUCACCAGUGAGGAGAAGCUUUUGGAUAAAUCACCAUAUAAAAAGAGGAAGAGCCUUCUAAAGAAAAUGGAGAAGUUGCACUUAAGGAGCUGCAACUUAAGGAGUGGUCAGUCAAAGGCCAAACCCAUAAUAAGUGAACCUGUUCUUCUGGAAGGACUUAAUGAAGAAAAGAUGAAGAUGCUGAACUGUGUAAAUAUUUCCGACCUCUCUGGCAUCCAAACAAAGAACAGUUCUUCCUUUUCUCCCCAGAGUUGCAAUAGCAGCAAUCAGUCUGAAAAUAGCAGCACAGUGAGCACUCCAAGUCCUGUUAUAAAACCUCGAAGCCACUGGGAAGGAAGGGAUGUGUGUGCAGAGGACUUGGAUUCUACCAAGCUCUUGCUGUGGAAUGAUCUGUCUCAGCAAAACCUAAAAAAUGACAUGAAAUUACACACGACUCAGAUGUUUCAAAUACCACAAGGCCAUAAACCUGGCACUUUCCCCAAAGCACUUACAAACAGUUCCCUGUCUCCCGUAGACAACUCUUCCGUCAACUGGAGAACUGGGAGUUUUCAUGGGUGCAGAAGGAGCCAGAGCAGAAGCAGUUCCAAGGACUCCAGAGCCCCCAGGAGCCCCUUUUCAUGCACAGAUAACAGGCUGAGUGUAUAUGACAACAUGCCCAAUAUCGAACUUGAUAAGUUGGAGGCAAUAGAAGUUGGUGAUGAUGAUGUUUUUACAGAACUGAACAAUGUUAUAGAAGAUGUCAAUGGUCUCAAAAAGUUGGUUGAUCAGUGGACAGAGAAGUUCUCAGAUGAUGGGAAUGCGGACUUUGCCUGUGACUUGAAAUCUUUGUAUCCAUCCUCAUCUAAAGAAAUCUGUCUUGAAACAGAGGGCUUGACAGCACCCUUCCCAACCACUGAGGGAGAAAGAAGCUGUGGACUGGGCAAGGAGAUCAGUUCUGUACACGUGGCGUACAUGACAGACUCUAAAAAGAGCAACAGGCACAGGAAGCAACACUGGUCCGUGGAAGAGAGUGUGAACUUGGAAAGCCUUUCCAUCCAGACCGAUAGCCACUCAGCUGCUCAGCUAGCCCGGACACAAAAGCUGGCUUUGUUGAAACUCACUGCUUUAAUGGACAGAUACUCCCCUUCCAGUAAGCAGGGCUGGAACUGGACUAUACCAAAGUUCAUUAAAAAAAUAAAAGCCGCUGACUACAAGGACAAAAAUGUGUUUGGGGUGCCUUUGCUUCUGAAUGUGCAGCGAACAAGCCACCCACUGCCUAACGGCAUACUGCAAGCACUGGACUAUCUAAGAAGCCACUUUCUUGACCAGGUUGGCCUGUUCCGAAAAUCUGGUGUUAAAUCCAGGAUUCUGUCUUUAAGAGAAAUGAAUGAAACCAACCCGAACAACGUAUGUUACGAAGGGCAGUCAGCAUUUGAUGUGGCCGAUAUGGUGAAGCAGUACUUCCGAGACCUUCCCGAGCCUAUAUUUACUAGCAGGCUCUGUGAAUCCUUCCUCCACAUCUACCAAUACGUGCCAAAGGAGCAGCAGUUUCAGGCUGUCCAAGCUGCUAUUCUCCUUCUCCCAAAGGAAAACCGAGAAGCUUUGAAAAUCCUCCUUUUCUUUCUACGAGAUGUGGUUGCUUUUGUUGAGGAAAACCAGAUGACCCCAACCAACAUUGCUGUCUGUCUUGCACCUUCUUUGUUCCACCUCAACACCCUGAGACGGGAUAGUUCCUCCUCCUCCACUAGAUCUAGUCAGAGGAAGUGCAGCUUGGGGAAACCAGACCAGAGGGAGCUGAGUGAGAACCUGGCAGCAACGCAGGGCUUGGCCCACAUGAUAAUGGAGUGCAACAGACUCUUCCAGACUGACUUCCCGGCUUGACCUUGGCCUUUCCUCAUCAUUAUGGACUUGCCUGGUGAUCGCUAGACUGUGGCUGACCCUGGUUGCUGUCACUGGACCUGAUCCUGACCUCCCUUGCUGACUCACCUUCCUGGCUCAACCUCGGCCUGCAUCACCCUGGAUGUGUCUGAUGAUCCGGACUCUUGGCUGACCCUCCCUGCUGUCCCUGGCCCGGCUCAGGUACUGUGGGACCGGGCGGCUGCCCUGCCAGCCCUGUUAUCCCACUCGACUCCCGGCCCCUUUCCCUCAGGGGGCCACCAGUGCACCCUUGGUACACCCUGACAGUCAGCUUGGGCCUUCUCACGCUCCGCUCCAGCACCACAGCUGGGCAGGAGCCAACGUCCCAUGGCUCCCCUGAACUGACACACAGCCCUGCCCCAGGGCUCCCCCAGCACGGACCCCUGCAACCAGCCCCUUGCUUCUGAGUGACACCCACCCCCCCAGCCCAGCCUGGGAUCCAAUCGCCCCAUUGGCAUCAGCCCCCAACCUAGCCAGGGCUCCUAAGUGACCCCCUUCACGCCCAGCCCAACCGUGGCUCCCCAUUUCCUCAGCAGUGGCCCAAACCCUUCUGCCCAGCCCUGAGGCCCCUUGGGGUGCCCUGACACCUGCUGCCUGCCCACACCCUACAGUCAGCCCUGGCAACAGAGCUGGCCCACCCCUGCCUGCACGGCCCCCUGAAAUAGCCCCACAGGGACUCUGAGCUGCCCUUGGACCCACGGGCGUCCUGCACACUCCUGCUACGACCAGAGUGCUUCACAAGAAGCACCGCUGAUGCCAGGCCUGCGAGCUGUGGGGCUGCCCCUCACCGGGGGGUGCCAGGGCCCUGCUGGUGUGCCCCCUGCCCUGCCAGGGGAGAGGUUUGGUGCCGGCACCCAGGGACCGCCUGGAGAGGGCUGUCCCCCUUCUGCUGGUGACCUCCAGGAGAGGCUGCAGGCAGCUCCACGGGGCAGCCUCAGCCAUGUCCAUGCCUGGACACGCACCCGCUGCUCUGAACCUGGACCCUGACGCUUGGCCCUGCCUGGUCACUGUGGCCGUUGCUGGCCAUCGCUGGACUGCGGCUGGUGCUGUUAACCGCCACCGAACCUGACCCCACCUGGCUUGGCCUUAGCCCUGCCUCGGCACUGAUGGAUGCACCUGCAACUGGGACUCUCUGUUGGUUGCUGCUGCCAUUCCUGAGCCUGCCCUGCGUCUCCCUCAGGUACCUGACUGUUGCCUUGGUCAGCUCACUAACAACUUCCAUGAAAUAACCAUCCUGAGCACCAGGGCCUCGCACUGCUGGGCUGGGAUGAGACUGCUUGGCUCCCCUGAGAGCUCUGUGCUCUGCUGAGGGAUGCCAGAGAUGACAUCAAAAGCUUGGGUGAUCUGCUCACACCUGGCAAAUAAGGAAACAGCUACAUCCUCUGCACAGGCUUAAUCCCCAG